CUUGCUAUUAUUUUCAGAUUGUAUUCCGUAUAUACAAUGGCAGAGGAAGGUUUCGAUUUCGGAGGAGGAGAUGCCGGGGCAUCCGCAACCUUCCCAAUGCAGUGCUCUGCCUUGAGGAAGGGAGGGUUCGUCAUGAUCAAGAACCGCCCCUGCAAGAUUGUUGAGAUGUCCACCUCUAAGACCGGAAAGCACGGACACGCUAAGGUUCACAUGGUCGCCCUUGAUAUCUUCACAGGUAAGAAGCUUGAGGAUAUUUGCCCUUCUACUCAUAACAUGGAAGUCCCCAACGUUAAGCGAAAGGACUACCAGCUUAUUGGUGUCGAGGACGACUUCCUCUCCCUUAUGGACGAUACUGGCGAUACCAGGGACGAUCUCAAGUGCCCCGAGGACUCCGUUGGGGACGAAAUUAGAGAGGCCAUCGCCGCUGAGAGAGAUAUUCUGUGUACUGUACUCUCGGCCAUUGGUGAGGAGUGUGUUAUUGCUACCAAGAUUAACACAGCUGUAGACAAAUAAACUGACAUCAACAACAACACGGCGUCCAACAUCCUCAACCAUGGAUUCCAGGACACUCUCUGUGAUCUAGUUUCUUAAUAUUCACUCCUCCACCACCUUAAAAGAGAAGUUCUAGACGAGGUUCAAGAUCAAGUUCUGAAUCCCGGGUUCCGGGUUCUAUGAACCAGGGUUGGAAUCUUUAACUCUUGUCUGAAGUUUGACUUUACAUUAGAUCAGUCGUGUCUAAGAUGUGUUGUAACUGAUACAGAACUCUUCUAUAAACUGUAAUUUUUAAGCAUCCUAUAUAUAGUUGACAUCGCUUGAAAACUUAAAUAGUUUGGGUUGAACCCCCCUUUUUACACCGAACCGCCGUGAAUAUGGAAAUAAAUCUUUAAAAAAUACAUUAUUUUUUAGUGUAAGGGAGGGGAUCUUGUUUUAUAAUGUGUAUAUUUCGUCUUUUCAUAAUAAACUAUUUUUUUAUUUACUGCGGUGUUGACAUUAACUCGCUAUGGUGUUGAUAAUAUGCAUAACUAAUAAAGCACAAAUGAUUUCAA